UUUUUUAUCAACCGACUUUCGUUGUUUUGUACGGCAAGAAUCGGCGUAUCGGCGUUGCGAUUUUUUUUGUCCUGAAUAAUCGGUUGAUUUGGAUUUUGAAUUCCUAUUGUAUUGGAAUUAAAUUUUUGAAAAAUUCUUUAAAUUUUAAAAUUUUGUUUGUCUGAUUUUCCGUUAAGAUUAUGCAGCGAUUUGUUGACAACGUUCUUGCCGUUACCAAAGAUUCAGGUCGGUGAAGACAUUUACUUAUGAGUCAUUGCAUAACAUUGUGAGGCUAAUCAAUGGGUUCUCUGCACUUUUGUUAGCUGUUUUGCCUGGGAAGGGUAAUAUUCUUGAAGGUAUUCAUGGCUGGGAGCUUCGGCCUGCGUUCCGUGGACCUCGAUUUCCCCGGUGGAUGGAGCAUGGAGUGUCUUCUUUCAACAAAUUUGUUCAUGAGCUUCCCGAUGAUUCUGAUGAUUCGAGUGCGGAUUAUUCAUCAGCUGAAGAAGACGGUGAUGCAUUAUGCCCUCCAUCACCAUCAUCUCAAAGUUCACGAUUCUCACGUACAAGUACUCUUACAAGAGUUGAUGGGCAUCGGCCAGGAUGGACUAUAUUCUUGCUGUCAUGGAUACUGUUCCCGUUCUGGUUUCUAUUGGGGCUACCUCUCCGUCUUUGUCGUGUAUUUUAUAAGAGGAGGUCAGCAUCCCCGUCAACGAAAGGAAGCAAUAAGCCUCCCCGACUACAGACUAGAUUACACAAUCUGAAGGAUCACAUCAUUCAUCGCACCACUGACAGGAGACGUGGAGUCAUUGAGGAUCUUCAUCUGGCAAUUGAGAUAGCUAUAGAAGCUAUAUUCGAUUUUUUUCACAAAGCUGCACAUUUUCUUCUUUCACCAUCAGAAGUUAUAAAAGUUCUGUAUAAGUGGUUUUCAUUUCAAAGCAGUAACAGUGAAGAGAUUCGAACUGGCAUCUCAGCUACAUCUGUCCCUACCUCUACACUUGGUGAUAUUGAUCCAACUCUUACAGAAAGAAAAACUACGUUUAAUCAAUCUCUGAAUACAGAUUCACGGACAUGUCAGGAUAUUAUAACAGAGCUUGGGUACCCAUAUGAAGCUAUUAGAGUGGUCACUUCUGAUGGAUAUAUUCUGCUUGUGGAAAGAAUUCCAAGACGAGAUUCACGGAAGGCUGUUUUUCUUCAGCAUGGAAUUUUGGAUUCAUCCUUGGGUUGGGUGUCUAAUGGGGUUGUUGGCUCUCCAGCUUUUGCAGCAUAUGAUCAAGGGUUUGAUGUUUUUCUUGGGAAUUUUCGUGGUUUGGCUUCGAGGGAUCAUGUUGACAAGAAUAUUUCAUCUCGAAAAUAUUGGCGGUAUUCCAUCAAUGAGCACGGGACUGAGGAUAUUCCUGCAAUGAUAGAGAAGAUUCACCAAGUUAAAACUGAUGAACUGAAAAAUAUCCAGUCUGAUCACGGGGGAGAACUUAAUGAUGAUCAACCCUACAAACUUUGUGCAAUUUGCCAUAGUUUGGGAGGAGCAGGCAUUCUUAUGUAUAUUAUAACACGCCGUAUCGAAGAAAAGCCCCACAGGCUUUCCAGAUUGAUCUUACUGUCACCCGCUGGUUUCCAUGGUGAUUCCUCCUUAGGGUUUACAAUCUCUGAGCAUGCCAUCCGUCUAUUAGCCCCUAUUCUAGGCCCCAUCAUUCCUGGAAUUUACAUUCCUACAAGAUUCUGUCGAAUGUUACUGAAUAAACUGGCACGGGACUUCCAUAACUAUCCUGCAGUUGGAGGUCUAGUUCAAACCUUAAUGAGUUAUUAUGUAGGUGGAGACAGCUCAAAUUGGGUUGGAGUAUUAGGAUUACCACACUAUAAUAUGAAUGACAUGCCAGGAGUUUCAUUUUAUGUGGCUCAUCACCUUGCACAAAUGAAACAUGCAAAAAAGUUUAUUAUGUAUGAUUAUGGAAGUGCAUCGGCAAACAUGGAGGUGUAUGGGUCUCCAGAGCCGUUGGAUUUGGGUGAAUACUACGGAUUCAUCGAUAUUCCAGUUGAUGUGGUAGCUGGACGGAAGGACAACGUUAUCCGACCUUCAAUGGUAAAAAAGCAUUACGAGUUAAUGAAGGAAAACGGCGUCGAUGCUACGUAUAAUGAGUUUGAAUAUGCUCACCUGGACUUCACAUUCUCCUCCCACCACGAAGAACUGCUAAAUUUUGUGACGGCGCGCCUGCUGCUCGUAGAUCCGACGCCAACAUCGACAUCUAAUCAGAAAGCUUCGAAGGUGAAAAGGAGAGGACAUGGAAGCUCUUAGAAUAUUGUAAGUAUAUAAGCUGGCGUGUUCUCUGCUUUUCUGGAUUUAGGAUGAGCACGGUCCAUGGAUGUUGUAUUCUUGGAGGCAAGUUGUUGUACAUUAUUAAGUGGAGAACAAUAGAAGUAUUAAAUUGUUGAAUCAGUGUUAGUUAGUGUUAGAAUAGUUUGAUAUAUAUGUACAUGUUUUGGUCAUCUUCCCAGCUAGUUUUUGUGAGGGAAGCCGAUUUAUAUCUUGGAUUGCAAUUCAGCUUUAUAUAUGACACGAUGGAGAAGAUUCAGAGAUUUA